UAUUUAAGCACCUGUGAGUGAGGGGUUUCUCGUAUGGGGGAACCAGAGUACCAGACGGAUCAUUUCACGUGACGUCAUCACCAUGCGACCGCGUUGCUCUAACGCUGGGUGGAUGAUUUGAAAACACGUUUGGAGUUUCCUUCUCUUUAAAAGUAUGAGCACUGAGGCGCCGGAGAAAGCGGGUGAUGAAGGCUCGAGCUCCGGAGGAACUGCAGGGAGCGGCGGGGGUUCGCGGUUUGACCUGGAGAAGGAGACCGAGCUCCGGUUCGAGGUCGAGGCUGGAGAGCGGGUACAGCUCGAACUGCUGUCCGGUUUGGCCGAGGUGUUCGGCUCCGAACUGAACCGGAACAAGAAGUACACAUUCGGACCCGGUUCGAAGAUAGCCGUGUUCACGUGGCAGGGAUGUAGCCUCUCUCUAACCGGCAAGACCGAGGUGGCUUACGUCUCAAAAGACACCCCUAUGCUGUUGUAUCUGAACACACAUGCAGCGUUGGAGCAAAUGAGACGGCAGGCUGAGAGAGACAAUGAGAGAGGCCCUAGGGUCAUGGUGGUGGGGCCAACCGACGUGGGGAAAUCCACAGUGUGUCGUCUACUACUGAACUACGCAGUGAGGCUGGGCAGAAGGCCCACGCUUGUGGAGCUGGAUGUCGGCCAAAGCAGUGUGUCUGUUCCAGGGACAAUGUCAGCACUGUACAUUGAGCGUCCAGCAGAUGUUGAGGAAGGCUUCUCAGUCCAGGCUCCUCUAGUCUUCCACUUUGGCUCCACAACACCAGGGACCAAUAUCAAACUCUAUAACAAGCUGACGUCCUGCCUGGCGGAGGUGUUCUCGCAGCGCUGCGAGGUGAACCGGAAGGCCAGCGUCGGAGGCUGUAUCAUCAACACAUGCGGCUGGGUGAAAGGGUCAGGAUACCAGGCACUGGUCCACUGCGCUUCAGCAUUCCAGGUGGACGUGGUGCUGGUCCUCGAUCAGGAACGCCUGUACAACGAGCUCAAACGGGAUCUGCCACACUUCGUCCGCGUCGUGCUGCUACCCAAGUCCGGCGGUGUUGUAGAACGCUCCAAGGACUGCAGACGGGAGACCCGCGACGACAAGAUUCGCGAGUAUUUCUACGGCUUCCGUGGCACCUCGUUCUACCCACACGCUUUCGACGUGCGCUUCUCAGACGUGCGCAUCUACAAGAUUGGUGCGCCCUCCAUUCCGGACUCGUGCCUGCCACUGGGCAUGUCGCAGGACGACACGCAGCUGAAGCUGGUUCCCGUGAGUCCGGGGCGUGACCUGACCCACCAUGUGCUGAGUGUUAGUUGCGUGGAGGAUGACACAGAAGGAGGAGAGAGCCGAAGCAGGGGGAUUUUAGAGAGUCCGGUUUGUGGCUUCAUUGUGGUUACGGCUGUGGACACUCAGGCUCAGGUGAUGACCGUUCUUGCUCCAGCACCCAGACCGCUGCCCCGCCACACACUCCUCAUCAUGGACAUUCGUUUCAUAGACCUUAAAUAAGGAAGUGGAGCGAAGGGUGGGGACGAGUGGGAGGGCCGACUUUCUGAGAAAAACAAGAAUGUGGAAAUGGAAGGAGAUUACAUCUGUAUAUGAACUGAAGUGGAGUCAGUAGAUGGAGAUAUCACUGUGCCCUUAUUUUACCUCGAUUUAUAGCACAGCUGUUUCAUGUUUUUUAUUCCUCUCAUUUUAUCGGUCUCAUUCUUUCUUCUCUCUUCCUCCCUCAAGCUUUUCUCAAGCUUUGUCUCACUUAUUAUUCUUUUUUUCUUAUUACUCCCUUUCUUUCUUUCUUUCUUUCUUUCUUUCUU